UUUUUGCAGUGCGGUAUGCGUGUGGACUUUCAUGUGUUCAAGUACAGUACGUCAUUUUUAUCUUUUAUCCAUUUAUCCAUUGUUUUCAUUGCAUUGUGUGAGCGACGGCGGGUUAAGCUGUAUUGUCAGCGGCUGAGCGGCACGCAAGGUGUGUACACCUGCUGCUUUCAACUGCAGGUAUUAACAAAGAUAAUUUAUUUCCUCAUAGGGCGUGUAUGUGCUGACACGAAAGGUGUACCAGCUUUGAAACACACUCUUGACUUUCUUGUCUUCUGCCCUCUCUUCAUUCGCAACAUGGAAUUCUGUCGGCUCUGCUUCGUGCUCCUCGCCGUCUUGGUCAUUGGUGGUGCUGGGCAGCCAGACGUAUGUGGCACAGUGAUGGUGAACUCCAGGAUUGUGGGCGGUGAGACGGCACCCGAGGGGGCCUGGCCCUGGCAGGCGAGCUUACACAGGAAUAACUUCCACAUAUGUGGAGCAUCGCUGAUCAACAACCAAUGGGUGCUGUGUGCCGCUCACUGCUUGCAACGCACCCCCCCCUCCAGCCUGCGGAUUUUUCUGGGCCGCCAAACCCAGGAGGGGACCAAUGUCAACGAGCAGGCGCGUGAUGUGGCGGAAAUCAUCAACCACGAGGAGUACAACGAGAUUACCAACGACAACGAUAUUGCCCUGAUGCGGCUCUCCUCGCCUGUCGAGUUCACCAACUUUAUUCGGCCCGUCUGCCUCGCCGCUCCAGGCAGUGUCGUUCCAGCCGGAACCGAAACCUGGGUCACCGGAUGGGGCACGAUAGGCAGCGAUGACCCGCUUCCGUCGCCGCAGGCACUACAGGAAGUGACUGUUCCUGUGGUAUCCAACAGCAAGUGCAGUGAGUCUUACAGCCUCAUCACCAGCAACAUGAUCUGCGCUGGAACCGAAAAUGGGGGCCGGGAUUCAUGCCAGGGGGAUUCAGGCGGUCCGUUGGUGAGUAAAAACGCAACUAGGUGGGUCCAACUCGGCGUGGUGAGCUUUGGACGAGGAUGCGCAUUGCCCGACAUCCCAGGAGUCUAUGCCCGAGUGUCCCAAUAUCAAACGUGGAUCAGGGAUCGCAUCACUGGCGACCAGCCGGGCUUCGUGAACUUUACCACAUCAGGGGGAGCUACGUUGGUGUUCCUUUCCGCACCUUUCCUGCUCACUCUCCUGCCGACAAUCUUCACCUCUCUGGUGCUCAUGUGACGAGGACCAUCAACAUCAUGUGAACAGUGGGGGCUACAAAUUACAUUCCAGGAAGCUAGCUAAUGAAGAAUUAAUUUCGUUUUGUUUUGUUUUUUAAAGCUCUUAAGUUUGCUGUUAUUUUUGAUGAAGUGAUCAUGAGCGAACAGUAAAAUAUGCUUAGAUUUGUAUUACACUUAGAGAUUUUACAUGACAAAUGGUUUGAAAUGUAAGCAGUCACAUGCAGGGGCGGUUCUGGAUCAAUUUCACUGAGGGGGCCGGGCUGGGGCCAGGGGUUUUGAUGGGGGGGGGGGGGCACAUUCAACCCAUGGCUAAAAAGACAGAUUUGAAAUCUUAUUUGACUUUUUAUUUCUACAAACUUUGAAAUUGUAGUCAUAACAUUACAGUGAUGAGAAAAAAAAGUAUUAGGAGGGCUAAAAUGUCUGCAAGCGUAAUAAUACGCCGUGUCCAUCUGUUGAGAAUAUUCAAGCCAAGGGAUGAUAUGGUCCCAGCCUGCGGGGGACAAAAAUUGCAAAUACACUGAAGCUACAUGUUUUACAUGCAUAUAAUUAUCCAAAUUUUAAAAGGCAAUGUCUUAUAUAUUGAUCCUGAUAAAUAAAAAUUGAAAUAAAAAGGGGGACUAAAAAGGUUACAAACACACACACACACACACACACGCACGCACACACACACGUCGUGGUAAUUUCCUUCUCAGCGGACUGCUUCUCAUUUUCCCGCUCAUUUUUAAGUGGUGCAGCGCACUAAAGGGUCCGACGAGAAUGUCAAAUCAGCACUGUGGUUCCACCAUUCGCGUCGGCGACUCGGCGGGACUGCGUAAUCUACACUCGUAGGGGGGAGCACGGGGGGGGGGGGCAGAAUCAGUGCUACAGGGGCACUGGCCCCCGUUGACCCCCCCAGAACCGCCACUAGUCACAUGGCUCAGUAUGACAACAUCUUUUUUGUUUGCCACAGGUUCACCUCAUGUAAAGUUUUGCAUUGAAUUACAUUUAGACGUGAAGUUGUCAAUUUGAAUUUUGAGCACUGUCGUGAAUGAUGCAAUCUGGGGUCUGAAAGAAACUGUUCUCUUGCACUUUUGUGACAUUUGAAGUUAUGAAUGCGUUUUUUAUGAUUGCUCUGCAAUGUAAUGUUUGUAUUACUCUACUUGGGGUUGUUUCUCUUUAAGUAAAUCAUGUUAAUAUCAA